GGUCGAGACUGCAGUGUGCCCAUUAAUUCUUGCAUUCAAAAUCCGUGUCAGAAUGGAGGGACCUGCCACCUCGCCGAGGCAAAUAAAGAUGGAUUCAGCUGUGCUUGUGUCCUUGGGUAUGAGGGGGAGAGGUGUGAAAUAAACCCAGAUGACUGUGAAGAUAAUGACUGCGAGAAUAACUCUACAUGUGUGGAUGGGAUCAACAACUAUGUCUGUCUCUGCCCUCCUAAUUACACAGGUGAACUGUGUGAUGAGGUGAUUAACCACUGUGUUCCUGGUCUAAAUCCAUGCCAACAUGAGUCCAAAUGUCUUCCCCUUGACAAAGGAACCAGAUGCGAGUGCUUGCCGGGUUACAGUGGAAAACACUGUGAAAUAGAUGAUGAUGACUGCGUGGGCCAUAAGUGUCGCCAUGGAGCUGUCUGCGUAGAUGCAGUCAAUGGCUACACCUGCGUCUGUCCUCAGGGUUUCAGUGGACUUUUCUGUGAAACUCCUCCGCCAAUGGUUCUGCUCCAGACGAGCCCAUGUGAUAACUACGAGUGCCAGAACGGGGCACAGUGCAUCGUCGCGCACCAGGAGCCUGUCUGCCGCUGCCUCGCUGGCUUUGCUGGGCAGAAGUGCGAGAAGCUCAUCACAGUCAACUUUGUUGGGAAGGAUUCCUAUGUGGAGCUGCCAUCAGCUAAAAUUCGCCCUCAGGCAAACAUCUCCCUCCAGGUAGCAACAGACAAGGACAAUGGCAUCUUAUUAUAUAAAGGAGACAAUGAUCCUUUGGCUCUGGAGCUGUACCAAGGACAUGUGAGGCUCAUCUACGACACGCUGAAUUCUCCACCUACGACAGUAUACAG